UCAUCAUUCUCAUCCUCACCAUCCUCACUCUCAUCCUCCUUAUCCUCACCAUCUUCCUCAUCAUCACCCUCACCGUCCUCGUCCUCACCGUCCCCGGCAUCCUCAUCCUUGGCAUCCUCAUCCUCAUCUUUGCCAUUCUCAACCUCACCGUCCUCAUCCUCAUCCUCCCCAUCCUUACUAUCACCAUCAUGA